AUGUCGUCAUCGGAGCCAAAGGAGCCAACGGAGCCACGUCGUGAGCGCAGACCCUCCGUUGGAACUCCCAUCGCCGACCUCCAGGGGCCUGUCGGACCGGGGUUCAGUCGUCCCAAGCAUAAGCGCACGUUCACCGGCUUCGGCCCGGCUGAGAUCAAGAGCGUGGAAGCGAGCAUUCCGGAGGGGCUCCAUGAGGCAUGGCGGAAGCAUUCGGCGACCGAGUUUACGACCAAGGAUGAAUUUGCGAAAGAAUUCGUGCGCCACAUCGAGACAACCCUUGCGCGUUCUCUGUACAAUUGCGAUGAACUGGCGGCCUACUCGGGUACGGCGCUGGCGUUCCGAGACCGGCUAAUCAUCGAGUGGAACCGGACCCAGCAGCGGCAGACAUUCACGGACCAAAAGAGAGUCUACUACCUCUCUCUUGAGUUUUUGAUGGGCCGGGCCCUGGACAAUGCCAUGCUGAACGUCGGCAUGAAAGAUGUCGCUCGAGAUGGCUUGGCGGAUCUGGGUCUCCGGAUUGAGGACGCGAUCACCCAGGAGCACGAUGCGGCACUCGGCAACGGCGGUCUGGGUCGUCUGGCAGCAUGCUUUUUGGACAGUAUGGCGACGCUGAACUACCCAGCGUGGGGUUAUGGCCUGCGGUAUCGCUACGGAAUUUUCAAGCAGGAGAUUGUCAAUGGGUAUCAGAUGGAGAUUCCGGAUUACUGGCUUGACAAUAACCCAUGGGAGUUCCCUCGACACGAUAUCACCGUGGAUAUUCAGUUCUACGGCCACGUGGCGAAGUAUCAGGAUGAGAAUGGCAAGGUUUGCAACUCCUGGGAAGCAGGCGAGACGGUCCAGGCCGUUGCCUAUGAUGUUCCUAUUCCUGGGUACGGCACGAAGACCACCAACAACCUCCGUCUGUGGUCCAGCAAGGCGAGCAGUGGGGAGUUCGACUUCCAGAAAUUCAAUGCAGGAGAUUAUGAGAGUGCAGUGGCAGACCAGCAGAUUGCUGAAACUAUCUCUGCCGUCCUGUACCCAAAUGACAACUUGGAGCGAGGUAAGGAGCUUCGCCUCAAGCAGCAGUACUUCUGGUGCGCCGCCUCUCUUUAUGAUAUUGUGCGCCGAUUCAAGAAGACAAGGAGGGCUUGGAGCGAGUUCCCCGACCAGGUCGCAAUCCAGCUGAACGACACUCACCCCACACUGGCUAUCAUCGAGUUGCAGCGCAUCCUGAUUGACCUCGAAGGUUUGGAGUGGGAGGAGGCGUGGCGCAUCGUGACUGGAACCUUCGGAUACACCAAUCAUACGGUCCUCCCAGAGGCGCUAGAGAAGUGGUCUGUUCCAUUGAUGCAGAACCUGCUUCCUCGACACUUGCAAAUUAUCUACGAUGUGAACCUGUUCUUCCUCCAGUCCGUGGAGAAGCGGUUCCCCAAAGACCGGGAAAUGCUGUCACGGGUUUCUGUCAUCGAGGAAUCGCACCCGAAGAUGGUGCGUAUGGCGCACAUUGCAAUUAUUGGAUCCCACAAGGUCAAUGGUGUUGCUGAGCUGCAUUCGGACCUCAUCAAGACGACGAUCUUCAAAGACUUUGUGAAGAUCUAUGGGCCCGACCGUUUCACCAAUGUCACCAACGGGAUUACUCCGAGACGUUGGCUGCACCAGGCCAAUCCCUCACUUUCUGCCUUGAUUGCCGAGAAGCUUGGUGGUUAUGGGUUCUUAACUGAUCUGACCUUGCUGGAUAAACUGGAAGCCUACGUGGACGACAAAAUCUUCCGACAGGAAUGGUCUGACAUUAAAGCCAAGAACAAGUUGCGGCUGGCCAAACUCAUUAAGGAUUUGACUGGCUACUCCGUCAAUCCGAACUCCCUGUUUGACGUCCAGGUCAAGCGUAUCCACGAGUACAAGCGCCAGCAACUCAACAUCUUCGGGGUGAUCCACCGAUACCUUAGCCUCAAGGCCAUGACACCUGAACAACGGAAGAAGGUAGUGCCGCGGGUGUCCAUCUUUGGCGGCAAAGCUGCUCCUGGGUACUGGAUGGCCAAAUCGAUCAUCUAUCUCAUCAACAGCGUGGCAGCUGUGGUGAACAAGGAUGAGGAGAUUGGUGAUCUUCUGAAGGUCAUCUUCAUCGAGGACUACAACGUCAGCAAGGCUGAAAUCAUCUGCCCGGCUUCGGAUCUCAGUGAACAUAUCUCUACCGCUGGAACCGAAGCGAGUGGUACCAGCAACAUGAAAUUCGUGCUGAAUGGCGGUCUGAUUAUUGGCACAUGUGACGGAGCUAACAUUGAAAUCACCCGUGAAAUCGGCGAGCAAAACAUCUUCCUCUUCGGUAAUCUUGCCGAAGAUGUGGAAGAUCUCCGCCACCGACACUUUUACGGUGACUUCCAACUAGACCCGCUCCUGAAGCGUGUCUUCGACGCCAUUAAGGCUGGCACAUUCGGCGAUCCCGGGUCCUUUGCAUCCCUGCUGUCCUCUAUUGAGGAGCACGGCGAUUACUAUCUUGUCUCUGAUGACUUCAACUCCUACAUCACCACCCACGACAUGGUCGAUAAGGAGUUCCAGAAUCAGGAGGAGUGGCUAGCCAAGUCGAUUACCAGCGUUGCGCGCAUGGGCUUCUUUUCUAUGGACCGGGUGACUAACGAGUACGCGGAUAGCAUCUGGAACAUUGAGCCUCUUGAUAUUGAGGAUUAA